AUGGAGGGCAACUCGUCUCAAUAUGAGAUCGAUCCCAUGGCCAACAAGACCUUGUCCAGCUCAAAGCAGUCGACAGAAUUGCUUCCCAACCCGACUACCAUCAAUAUCGUGGACAGCGAUACAGCAGCUGUCGAUGGUUUACAAACGCCGAAAGGCCUGGACCGAGAGGCCUUCGGUCCGUUGACUGCUUUCGGUCUUGCAUUCUCUGUGAUCAACAGUUGGGUCGUCCUUGUGGUCGGUCUGGGCUCCGGACUGGUCUCAGGAGGUCCAAGCGCGUUGGUAUGGGGUUUUGUGUACGCUUCUAUUUGUAAUCUGGCGACAGUCUUGUCACAUGGAGAGAUCUUCGCAGUUUACCCAUCUGCGGCGGGUCAAUAUCACUGGGCUGCCAUCCUAUCCCCGCCCAAGUGGAGAAACUUGAUCAGUUGGGUGACAGGGAUGCUAAAUGUGAUUGGUCUUUGGCUCGGUGCAGCUACGGCAGGGUAUCUGGCUGCUACUCUGCUUAUCGCAGCCAUUACCGUGAACGUACCGGACUCUGCGUUCACCCCUGGUCAGCAGUAUGGGAUCUUCACGGCCAUCAUGCUUUUCGGCCCAUCUGCGACCCUGAGUCUAGGGACAAGGUGA